UGGCCCCAUGUUCUAUCAAGUAAGGAUUUGGUAGUUAAAAGUAUUUAUCAAAUGAAUAUUUUUUUUACAACUUAGAAAGGCAAAAUAUAUAUUAAGCCUAAUCAAAAUUACAGUAAAAGGGAAGCAUUUGAUGGAUGCGGACCGGGUCGAACUACGAUUGUUUUAAUAAUAACGCAUUCGUAGAAGUCGGAAAAUCGGAAGGGACAGCCAACAACACCCCCAUUGCGUCGCGCUGAUCAUAGCUUCGUUGUUGUUUCGAUUUCUGGAAAUCAUGUUGCUUAGUCGAACCAAAUCAAAGAUUUGGAUUCACAACAACAAUUCUCCCAAUUUCUCUUGUUCUUCUUUCAAAGAUAUCAACACCCUUUUCUCCGACGAUUCUGAUUACAAUUCACCCGUUUCCACCACCACCACCAAAAAACCCAAUAUAUUCCAUCGUGUCCUCCGCGUUAACGCGGUCCUCCGUGCUUUCUCAACCCGACCCGCACCCGCACCCGAAUCAACAACUCCGAAAUCGAUUCAAAUCCCAGCAGCUGAGAAGAAAAUAGUGAUUUACUUCACCAGCCUUAGAGUAAUUCGUUCUACAUUCGAUGAUUGCAAAGCCGUUCGAUCGAUUCUGUCUAGCUUUCGUGUUUCGGUUGAUGAACGAGAUGUGUCUAUGGAUGCGGGGUUCAUGGAAGAGCUAAAGACGAUAUUGGGUACCCGUGUAAAGACGAAAUUGUCCUUGCCCAGAGUUUUCAUCGGCGGGAGUUACGUUGGUGGCGCGGCGGAGAUUAUUCAGCUUCAUGAAGCCGGUGAGCUGAAGAAAUACGUUGAAGGGCUGACUCCGGCGGAAUUCAGCACGUGCGAAGUGUGUGGAGGUAAUAGAUUUGUUCUCUGUGAAGAGUGCAGUGGUAGCCAAAAGUGUUAUAGCGAGAAAAGUGGAUUCAGGACUUGCACGGUUUGUAAUGAGAAUGGUUUGAUCAGGUGCCCUUCUUGUUACUACCCUAUACUUUAAAUGCAAUCGUUAACAUUGUUUUCGUUAGAUUAGUCAGAAAGUAUUAGCUGAAAAUGGAGGUGAAAAUUUUAGUAGUAGAGGGAUUGCUGUGCUUAUAAAAGUAAAGAAGGCAGUUUGGUUUUUGCAAAAUGCUCUCUUUAGUUGAUUUUCUUUCUUGGGUGUUUGCUUUUGACAUAGUUCUGUAAAGUACUAAUUGAAAAGUGACUACAACUAUGUGGGAUAAUACAUGCUAAUUAUGCAUGAAUUCUGAUGUUGUCCUUCGGGAAGUUUCGUAGAUUUGAUUCAUCUUUUUAA